CUACUUUUCUUUUUUAUGGAGCUUUUAAGGCGGCCCGAUGUGCCCCUGCAGCCCUACAAGCUCAGCUCGACGUUAAGCGCCACACUUAUUGGAGCGGUGCGCGUGCCCGGCCUCGACUUUCCCGGAGCGGGCGCGCGCUUCUACCGCCCUCAGGAAGGGAAGAGGAGGAGCGUCCGAUCGCGCAAUGGCGGACACGCAGUCGAUUUCGUCAUCUGCAAGUGCAACUUAGACUGCCGGGCAAGCGGGCACUUUCACUGCAUUCAGUGUGCCAAGACCCUGCUGCGGAAGCACACCCUGACGAACCACCUGAAACUUUGUUGGGAGAAGUGGCUUGUGGUGGAGCCCUUGUCUCCGAGUCACGAGGGCACUCUGCCCACCGGUGGCACACCGGCAUCCCCCUUGCCAGCUUCCCCCAAGCCCACGCUGCCCGCGAGGAGCCGACAUUCCGCUCUGUCGAGUAAGGAGAGUGUCCAGUGCCCACACUGCUUGGUGGCUUUAUACAGAAGAAACCUGCGGCUGCACAUUCAGCGCAAACAUCUGGACAGGCGGGUGAAGGACAUCACCCAGAGUUGCCACCUCCCCAGCGAGUGCCUUGAUGGGCACAAUGGCAUCUUUGCAGUUGGCAAGUCUUUUCAUGGCCCGUGUUCUCCUCUUCAUGUCAAAAGAAAGACCUGGGGCAGCGGACACCAGGUGGUGUGCGAGUCUGAGGAGUGCAGGAAGACGACAUCUUCUGCCCUGACCAUGGGUAUGAUGGCCUAUCAGUGUGACCACGUGCGCUCCGUCGAUUACUGCACAAGGACGGCGCCCCACGAGACGUUAGCCGUAGACACGCUGAAUGAAAUACUGGCCCUGGGGUGGAUCGAGGAAGGUGGCAAGGGCAAAUGCCUCGAGUACCAGGAGGUGGCGCGUAGUGCCAAUGCUCCACUGGCAGUCUAUGUCUCGAUUGCACGUCCAAGCCACAGGAAGUGCAUAUCGGUGUACGAGCCCUGCAUGGCACAGUUCAGCCGCCUAGGCAGAGUCUUUGUCAUUUAUGACAUGGGUAGUGCCUUGUGGCAGUGCCCGUGCUCCAAGCCUGCCAUGGCCUGCCCACACAAGGACAUAGCAAAGUGGCACCUGCUCCAGACUCAGCGCGAGCUCUUCGAGAGUGGCCAGGAUGGCGAGGGCAGAGGCUCCAUUUAUAGACUCAUCACCGAGGAGCACGACUACGUGUGACGGGCGGGUCACAUCUGCUGUGCCUGACAGCCCCCAGACGAGCGGGCACUGAUCUCAAGUCAAAGAUCUCCACUGAGAGGGGAGACGACGGGUGACUGGCAAAGAUUUGUUCUUGAAGUGAACGUCGAUCUGACGAGGCGGCCUUUCUGUGGCUCUUUGCACAAUUGGGUAUUUAAAUUUGAAUCUUGUGGUGCCCCCUUACACGUGCUGUGCGUUUGACUUUCAACUGCUGCUCUUUGUUCAAAAUAAAAUGUGCCAAAGCUGUUUAUCAAAAUGGAGUCUCGGUGUCGUGAAGUAGAUGUUGGUCAGACCCCUGGAUGUGUGACAAAACUGCUAGCUGUCACCUCUGUAGUGCCUUUGGGUCUGUCCGAUGGCACGUCGAGUGCACUUUGGAUGUGACUUCACACUGAAAAGACAGCCUUCAGGUGUCACCUUGUGGUCCUGCAUGUUCUCCCUGUGCUCUCCCCUCCCUUACCAUCCGAGCCCCUCUGCAGUCCAUUCUCACACCAGUGACAGGAGGCCCUUCAUGUCCUUUCAUUUCAUGAGCAGCCCCCCAUUUCUUCUAUGUGACAGGCCAGCCAGCAAGCCCCCUCUUAACAAAAUGGCGCCUUCUCUCUUCCAUUUCACCCUAAGCCCCCCCAAGUCCCUGUUUUGCUGUUAUUUAAACUUGAGCUCGAGGCUGAAGAGGCCGGUGCCCCCUAGCAGCGGUGCACAGACCAGCCGUUCUUAUGUUGGCGGCCCCUCGUUUCUUCUGCUGUGGUACUUGUAGUUCGCCCCCACUCGUGGGUCAUACAGCCAGCAACAAUAGGAUUAAUACGCCCGUCUGCCUGCCUUGUUGCAUUGUCUACAUCUACGGUCAACUGGCGCUUUAAGAUGUUCUUCUGGUGGUACCUGCUGUUACGUGCCUGGCACUGUGCUGCCAUAGUUAGGCUUUCUGUCUCUCCUUUUAGACCACAACUGCGAAGCCACUGCAUAGACGCCUGCUCUUCUUCUUCUUCUUCUUCUUCUUCUUUCAGCUGCUCCUGUUAGGAGUCGCCACAGCGGAUCAUCUUCUUCCUUAUCUUUCUGUCCUCGUCAUCUCGCUCUGUCACACUCGUCACCUGCAUGUCCUCUCUCACCACAUCCAUAAACCUCCUGUUAGGGCUUCCUCCUCUCCCCUUGGCUGUCAGCUCCAUCCUUAGCACCCUUCACUCAUUACACCCCUCACCUCUCUGACCCAACCUGCGCUCACCCUCUGAUGUCCUCAUUUCUAAUCUGUCUGUCCAUCCUUGGCACACCCGAUGCAAAUCUUUAACGCCUGCUGAUCGACAAAAUCGAUCUUUCCAAAGUCUCGAAAGAACUUAACAUGUAGUGGUUUGCUAUUAUUGUUAUUAUUAUUAUUCUCGC